AUGAACGACGAGGUGUGGGAGUUCUCUCCCAAUGAGACACAGCGCAUCUUGACGGUUAUCUCACUUCUUCGGCAGACCACGUGUCCUUACCUUGCUCGCCCCAUUGUGCGGGCGUACGAGGAGGCGGAUCGAAGAGGCAGUGAAAAAGAAAUCAGUGGAAGUUCACCUCUUAGGCUUCUUGUUUCAUAUCCAUCUUCCACGCAUAGCGUGACAUUGCACCAGUAUCUGCAGCUGGAUCACAGUCGUCGCAGCGAUGUCAAGGUGUCAUUGGCGUAUCAGCUCGCUCGAGCUGUCGACUUCCUUCACACUUGUGGUGUGGGUCAUCAGUUUCUUUCCUCUGACACAGUGGUGGUCGAACUGGAACCCGAUCCGACUAUUAAGAUCACGAACUUCUGCAGCUGCACCACAUCCCCCAACUGCACUAACUCCUACAUAUGCGUGAGAAAUUAUCGGCCCCCAGAGGUUGUUCUUCAACUCAGUGGCAUUCAACCUAGAGCAGUGGACUGCUGGGCAUUGGGUUGUCUCUUGUUCGAAGUGUACACUGGCUCUGCUGCGUUUUCGCUAGAGCGCGCAGAUGGCAAUUUUCAGCCGCAGCUUAUCAAGCAGCAGUUAAGUGAAACAGUAAAGGGAAUUGGUCGGCUAGGCGCAGACGACAUCCCGCCUGGGUGUCCGGAGCGCGUCUCGCAGUAUCUCUUAGGCCUUCAUCAUGAUGCAUCCAUCAGCGCCCGCAUGAGGGUUGCGGGACCAAGCGAGGAGGCGGAACGCUGGAUAUCCAUGGUGAGGCCACUGCUCCAUUUUAACUUCAACCUACGCUCAAGUGCGAAGGAGGUGCUGCAGCACGAGUUAUUCGCAGGUUUGCCACCUCCCGUUAACUGGCCAACCCCAUGCGAAGUGCCUGCUCGACUGCAAGAACUCCUGGAUUGA